CCUUCGGACUCGACCCCACGUCGACCAGCUCUCAGACCAUUCCUAAGGAGAAGUUCCAAGAAAUGAAGAACGAUCACUUGGAUGUCGAGCCUUUCAUUGACUGCAAAGAUUGCUGUCGAAAACUACACCAAAUCUGUGUCCUCCAUCACGACGCCAUUUGGCCCGAAGGAUUCACGUGUGAGGGGUGUCUGCGAAGAGAUGGGCGAAGAAAACGAGAGAAUAAAUAUAAUUCCAAAAAACUGGCCAAUUCAAAACUGGGACAAUAUAUUGAGAACAGAGUCAACAACUUCUUACGCAAAAAAGACUGCGGCGCCGGAGAGGUGUCUAUCAGAGUAGUGGCUGCUUCUGACAAGUAUGUUGAUGUCAAACCCGGAAUGAAGGCCAGAUAUGUAGACACAGGCGAAUGGCCCGAAACAUUCCCUUAUCGGGCAAAGGCUUUGUUUGCUUUCGAAGAUAUUGACGGCACUGAUGUCUGCUUUUUUGGAAUGCAUGUC